CUUCCUUCGGCAGUGACCCAGAUUCCGUUCCCACAUAUCACAAUCGGCUUGCUACACCACAGCCUUUGUAUUAUCACCGGUCUGCAUCUAUGACACUCUCGAGCAUGACGGAUGUUGUUUAUCUGCCGGCUCCAUACCAUGGCUCUCCUCCCGGUGCUGCGGCUAUACAGGCAAUUUCCCUUCCUACUUCCUGCACUUUGAGUGACUCCACCCGUUAUGCCUACAGCUACAGGUUCCAAGGCAACGCUCUCUGGAACACCACUAUUGUACCCAGCACUUUUGUAAAUAUGCGACUUAAUCAUUUGGACAGUGCCACUACAAAGCAAUGGAGCGACGAGGGGAAGUGUUCAUCAUUCCUCGACCCAUGUGUGCUGGACUGCGAAGCUGGAAUUUUCUCAACUAGCGAGGGCAGUGCCUCCGCGGCUUUCAGCCUGGUCAUAACCUUUUCGAAGAUCUCUCUCAAGGAAGAGUCUGCUGACUAUUGCAAGUCGAACAACACCAUCUGUGCAGCAAAGCAUGCUGAGUGUCGUAAAUACAAACAGACUGGUCUCUACACAUGUCACUGUAUUGUUGGCGGUGCCACUAGCUUAGACAGCUACAAGCUGAAUUGUUCCGUGCCACCACCAACCACAGCACCGGCACCGACCACAACACCUACCACCACACCAACCACCACACCAACCACCACACCGACCACCACACCGACCACCACACCGACCACCACACCAACCACCACACCGACCACCACACCAACUACCACACCAACCACCAUACCAACCACCACACCGACCACCACACCAACUACCACACCAACCACCACACCAACCACCACACCAACCACCACACCAACCACCACACCAACCACCACACCAACCACCACACCAACCACCACACCGACCACCACACCAACCACCACACCAACCACCACACCAACCACCACACCGACCACCACACCAACUACCACACCAACCACCACACCAACCACCACACCGACCACCACACCAACUACCACACCAACCACCACACCAACCACCACACCAACCACCACACCAACCACCACACCAACCACCACACCAACCACCACACCGACCACCACACCAACCACCACACCAACCACCACACCAACGACCACACCAACGACCACACCAACGACCACACCAACGACCACACCAACGACCACACCAACGACCACACCAACCACCACACCAACCACCACACCAACCACCACACCAACCACCACACCAACCACCACACCAACCACCACACCAACCACCACACCAACCACCACACCAACCACCACACCAACCACCACACCAACCACCACACCAACCACCACACCAACCACCACACCAACCACCACACCAACCACCACACCAACCACCACACCAACCACCACACCAACUACCACACCAACCACCACACCGACCACCACACCGACCACUACACCGACCACUACACCAACCACCACACCAACCACCACACCAACCACCACACCAACUACCACACCAACCACCACACCAACCACCACACCAACCACCACACCGACCACCACACCGACCACCACACCAACCACCACACCGACCACCACACCACCCACCACACCGACCACUACACCAACCACCACACCAACCACCACACCAACUACCGCACUGACCAACGCACCGACCACUACACCAACCACCACACCAACCACCACACCAACUACCGCACUGACCAAUGCACCAACAGCCACGUCAACCAACAUGCCAACCACCUUGCCAAGCAACACCGGGGCUAUCACACCAACAAGCAAUGCCAGUGAUUCCUUAGUUGGUGGCGUGACCUUGGCUAAUGACGAUUCAGCUACUAGCAAGCCACAGCAGUCUGCAAACGACAUUAAGAAGGGUGGAAACUAUCUGUGGGUCAUCGGCGUGGCUUUCGGCAUUCUACUCUUGAUUGCUGUCGUUGUCAUGUUCGUGCUUCCCGCACGUCGUCAUCAAAUCAUUAAAGCCACCAACGUUAUCUGGAAGCAAAGAAGCACCAAUGGUGGGAACGGGGAAGGCAGCACUUACGCCACAUGGAAGCCACGCAUCGGCGCCAGUGCCAAGAAGGCCGUUCCUGCGCAGAGCUUCUCGACGUUGUCCGCCGAGAUCUUUGGUCUGAAGACGGGCGACAAGUCGUACGAGUGCUGGGAGGAUGCCGGCUCCGAGCACCUCAUCGUCGACGAUCCCUCCGCCAUGCUCUCCAUACAGACAGACUACGCGUCGGUCGAGAACUCUCUCGGCCCGGAGGAUUCGUUUAAGCGACAAACCAGCGGCGCCCUGCCGGCUAGAUCACGUAGCGCCACGAUUGAGACGGCCGCAGCCGACGAGGGUACCCGCGCCUCUGCGAGCUGUGUGGAGGACGACUAUGCCGACAACAGUCUGUACUUCAAGCUGAACAGCGCUGGAGGACAGGACUCCACCUACUCCGUGCCCAUGCAGCGUCCAACCUCUAUGACCCACGGUGACAGUGAUAUGCACACUUCCACCGGCGGACCGCAGAGCCAGGUCAACGGCCUGAGGUUUGUGGAAGGAGACGGCAACGAGGACGGAGAGGAACAGCAUGCGGGUCUGGCGGCCGGCGCCUCCUCGUCGGAGAUGAUGGUCAUGAGCGGGACCAGCGCCGAGCACCUGCUGAGCGAUGCGACACACAUGACGCCCGGCGACACUAGCUGGGACUGCGUGUCCGUGUACAGCAAGCCAGCGCUGCAGGGCAAGAUGUCGGGCACGUCACGUCACCAGCCCGUCAACACCUGCACCACCGUCGCCGACGGCUGGAUGAGCGACGGGUUCGACGGGCAAGUGCCGCUCUACAAUGAUCCCAACGGUGAAGUGCGCUACGACGUGCUGAUCGCCGAGGAGGAGAUUCAGCUCGCACAGCCAAACAACGCCGCCGGUGUGAGUGACUACCAAGGCGUCGACGGUGGCUGGGCGGGCGGUCCGAGAAAGCCUCGCAGCAUGACGGCGUCAGGUUCCACCUCCAUCAGCACCUGCACCACCGUUGCCCAGGGUGAUGUUUGGGUGGACGAUGCCGAUAUCUAUGAGGGCGGUGUGGGAAUGGAUAAUCCCGCCUAUGGCUCUCUCGGCUCCAAGAAGUCGCCCGCCUACGUAAACAAGAUCGUGCGAUCAGAGACGCUGGCAACGACAUUCACUGGCGACGAGGAGGAGGAUGCCUAUGCUCGCACUGUGUUUGCAAAGCCAAACAAGAUAAGUCGCUCCAUGAAGAAGUCGAUCAAGCGCAUGACCCCGACGGGUACUGCCAAGAAGGCGCGCUCAGCGGGCUGCAGUGAGACCGAUCUCCACCGCUCCACCCUGCAGAAGAGCCCACAGCAGCAGGCAGACGCCGACGAGGACAUUGACUCCGAAGACCCGUACUCACUCGUCAACUUCGCCACCAACAUGAAGCCGUCGGUGUCUGUAGCGGAGAAACGCACCACCGCCACAGUAGAGUCAUGUGCCAGCAUUGGCAGACUCCGUGUGUGCGAGAGCACAAGCGAGUGCGAGGACGAUUCCUCGCUGGUGCCCGGCACCAAGGACUCCUGGGCGCAGCAGCACAUCAUCAAAGCGCAGGAGAGCAGCGUGGGAUCGCCGCUCUUCCGUCGCAUCUCCGGCAUGCUGAGCGGUCAGUAGGUGAGUGACAGCUCGCACCGGAGCCUAGCCUAUGUCUUGCCGAUCAGCUUGCCCUCACGCACACACCACCUGCCACAUCGUCAUACACACACACACACACACACACACACACACACACACACACACACAGAGCUUGCUGCCCGGCAUACGUACGUACGUAAUGUAGAUACGCAACAAUAGCAUAUGCAUUUUCCCGUUGGCUGUCUACUUUUAAUGUUUUUUUAACUUCUCUGGUUGCCUCAACGGCUAGCAUCUCACAAAGAUGUGGUCACACCGCUUUUACUUUCCCCCUUUUUAUGUUUCUUGAAGUGUACACAUUUUCUGCAUGAAUUGUUUUGUCCACGUUCCCUCCUUCUCCAACUCCUCGCCUCUCCUCUCCUAUCUUGUCUCUCUCUCUCCUCCCCUGUUGCUCUCUCUCUUUCUCACACACUCUCACACACACACACACACACACACACACUCUCUCUCUCUCUCUCUCUCUCUCUCUCUCUCUCUCUCUCUCUCUCUCUCUCUCUCUCUCUCUCUCUCUCUCUCUCUCUCUUGCGCUCUCUCUCUCUCUCUCUCUCUCUCUCUCUCUCUCUCUCUCUCUCUCUCUCGCUCUCUCGCUCUCUCGCUCUUUCUCUCUCUUUCUCUCUCUCUCUUUCUCUCUCUCUCUCUCUCUCUCGCUCUCGCUCUCGCUCUCGCUCUCUCUCUCUCUCGCUCUCUCUGUCUCGCUCUCUCUGUCUCGCUCUCUCUGUCUCUCUCGCUCUCUCCCUCUCUCUCUCAUCAGGUGGAUAAACUCAAGAAUAAUGUAAACUGGGUGUGACACGAUUAGAGACUUUGUCUCUCGGUUGACCUAUCCAUUUUAAUGACUCGAUCAUCGAUCAUAAUUUCGAUUUUUAAAAGUUCCCUGAAAGUUGUGAAAUUAUCAUUCUGGCUGCUAUAUCAUAUCUUACACAGCUAUCCCACACUUUCAUUGUAUUGUCAAUCAGUCAUGUCGAGUACAUCCAUAGCAAGUUCAUCUGUUGCUUGUUCAAGGGGAAGUGCAUCGAUUUUUCCAGUAGGGUCCAGAAGAAAGACAAUUUGAUAUCGGUUUGAAUGGCAUAUCUCUCGCUUC